AUUGAAUAUUUACAAGAAAACCGCUGAUCAUUACACAGGUAACCCAUUUCUGGCUGCUUUUGUGUUCUUUCUUGGGCUAAAUUUUAUCGAUCGUUUUGCUCUUAUUAAUGCUAUCAUAUUCUUAGCCUGCGUGAAGCCGGACUUUCCUCUCGUAUACGGACUUAACAGCUAGUUACGUUCGUUUGCACGCAGGCUAUCAUAUUCUCUUGAUGCUAUACCGCAUCAGGUGAUAUUCUUUCUGAAUUACAGAGCGAAAGAAGAAAGAACAAACGGACAGUGAUAGAGAAAAAAAGAGGUGGCUGCGAAGAAAAAGGGUCUUGAAGGGGUAAAAUAGGAGCUGGGACUCGCCUUUUUUGGGCUGGGAAAAUGGGAUUUUAUGCACUGGGAAUGGAAUUCACAAAAAAAUCAAAAAUGGGAAUAGAAUUGAGAUUUGAGCAAAACAGGCUGGGACCAUGGGAUUUCGUCAAGAUGGAUGCUGGUAAUGGGAUAAGGACCCUCUUCAGGACCCUCAAGCUAGAGACAUAAUGAAUGAUGCAUGAGGCCUGAUGUAUUCACUUCUGCACUACUGACAGGAAAUGGCCUCUUUGUCCUCAUAGUGCAGUAAUAGCAGGAUCUAGUUCGGAUUAAAAUUCUGGUUGCGAAUCUGAAAUUUGCCUGGGUGAAAUCCGAUAGAUCGCUAUGAUACCCCGUUGAAUAUUGUGGCGCAGUUUGCUGCACUCCAUUCAGCUCAAUAAUCCAACGUAAUCUAGGCAGUGGUCGUGGGAAGAAGAUUCUAGGAGUAUCAAGCCGCCGUCCCCGAACUAAAACUUCACCAUCUAAAUUCUACGGCCACAAUAUGGCCACUCGCCAUCAACCCAACGUUUGUCCGAAUCUCGGAUCUUUGCUUGGGAACCCCUCAUCCCUAGUGACUUUGUGUGUAUCGCUUCGAAACGAGACUAUAACUGCCUACGUAAGAUGAUAGUCAGUACAGGUACAGUGAGGCUUGACCCUGACAGCAUAACCCGAGAUGGCCAUCAAAGAACAUGUGUGAAGGACGCACAGAAGAAGUGCAUUUGUGCCACGCUGACAUGUUGAUCUGAUUUAUCCAUCGUAAUUCUAGACAAUCUUGGAACAAUUUGCACUAGGGUCUUGGUCCACAUUGUAAUGCAAAUUAGAUUGGCUUAAUCACCGUCUAAUCUAAAGUAUCGUGUACACCCUUAAAUUAGCUCAAGGCGACAAGCAAGGACAAACUGAAACAGAUCCAACACUUCUAUCUGACCGUUAAUAUAACAUAAAACAGGAAAACCACUUAACUUUCUUUUAAAUGCUCGAUGAAAGCCGAAUGACAUCUACACUAUAGUGUUUCUAAGUUUCUCUGGUUGAAGACGAACACAAGUGCUUGGUUUCGAGAUGGCUUUUUGCUGUUCAAUGGUCAGUGAGCCUGCCAGCGUAGUUUACAAAUUAAAAGAGGCGAAGAAGAAAAGAAUCGCUACUUUGAGGCCGUUAUUAACGGAUGGAAUUGUCCCAGAUCCCGCACCAAAAGGCGAAGAAGAUGAUGAUACCGAUAGUGGAAUUAGCAGUCAUGGCACAGCGUCUAAUGGAAAUGGUUCAAUACCAUCACCGGAUCUCUCAAAAACUGAACUUGCAAGGCGACUCUCGAACGCUUCUUUGCGGGAUCCCGUUCAUUUAAAAGCAAAAGUGUUAUGGGAUUUCGAACCGCGGCUUCAAAAUACAGAACUUCAAGUUUCGAAAGGAGAAAUUGUACAUCUACUCUACCGCGAUAGCGACAAAGUACUUGCGAUGAAUUCUCUUGGAAAAAGGGGAUUUAUUCCUUUUAACUUCUGCUCGCUACCACAUAAAAAGAUAGACGCGAACUUGUCUAGAGAAUCUGUGUGUAUGCCUUCAAAUCCAGCAAGAAAACAAAGAAAGCAGUCAUGCGAGAAUGCUUCUUUUAAGGAAUUUUUAGAUGAUAUGGACCUGUUGAACAAGAAGUCCUUCACCAGAAAACACGCUUUAAGCUCGAAAUCUCACAAUGAUUUCAAACGUCUACAAACAAAAAGCUUCAGCGAAGAGGGUAUUUUCGGAACUCAAUCUUCUUCGAGCGACUCCGAGGAUGAAUCGUUUUAUCGUCGGAAAACUUCGGGGAUUCCCGACCACCAACACAUGAUAUUUUGGAACCGGAAAGCUUUGGAGCGUUUCCGCCAACAGAAGAAAAUGAAUGUUUCUCAUUUCCGAAAGUGUAAUGAUAUGUACAUGUUGGUUUUGUAUAACUUUUUUGCUCAGGAUGAAAAUGACAUUAAUGUGUAUAAAGGUGAUAUAGUACGAGUAUUGAACCGAGAUGAUAGGGAUUGGUGGUGGGUUGCUACACGUUCUGGCUGUGAAGGAUUUGUACCAUCUUCUUAUCUAACGAGACGGUCUGUUGUGCCAUCUUCAGGACCAAGUACUUCGUGCAGCGUGGAAUCAUCGAGUUCUACAUCAGACGCAAGCAGCACUCAAGCAGUUCGUUUCCAGGACCCUCUCUGUACGUUUCAUCGUUACGAGAAGGAGGAAUGGGAAACCGAUUCUGAAGUAUCCGUAAGAAACACUGGUCGGUCGUUGGUCGGAAUAGACGAACAUAAGAGUAUAGAUCAUAGCAGCAGCUCUAGAUGGAGCACAUGGUGCUGAUAUAUGCGAUCCGCGUCGUCCGGUCGGUCCAUGGUCGGUCUGGUCGGUUGAUAGUCGGUCUAGUCGGUGGAGGAUCGGUCGGAAUGGACGGACAAGAGAAAAAUAAUAACGCACCUGGUGCUGAUAUAUGCCAUGGUCGGUUUGGUCGGUUGUCGGUCUAUCCUGAUCCAAUAUAAGUAGAGCAAAUAUAAAAAUAAGCAAGUCUUCGGCUAUAAGAUAAUUCAUAUUCUCUUGGAUAAUUAUAACUGUGUGCAGUGCUAUCAAUAUCAAUUUGAGUGUGAACGACAUCCAAUACGAACAUAUUUUAACAAUGUAUGUGUGAGUCAUUCAUCAACCUUAACCACUAGUAUUAUAAGAACAGUCUGAUGGGUCAUCCAUAUUAUCAUCGUUACCAUAGCAACAAGAAAUACAAGUAUCUGUAUCACGAUACAGCAUUAUGAUCACCCUCAUCAUCAUCAUCAUCAUCUUCACCACUACCAGUAUCAUCAUCACCAUCUUCACCACAGCUCACCACUAACAGCUAGAUCCUCAUCCUCAUCAUCCGUCAUCAUCAGAUCCUCAUCAUCAUCAUCAUCCUCUUCAUCCUCUUUAUCUUCAUCAUGUUCAUCACUACCAGUAUUAUCAUCAUCAGAUCCUCAUCAUCUUCAUCUUCAUCAUCAUCAUCAUCUUCAUCAUGUUCAUCACUACCAGUAUCAUCAUCAUCAUCAGAUCCUCAUCAAUCAUCACCAACAUCAUCUUUCAUAUCCUAAAGUGUAUAAUUAAUAAGAAUUAUUUAAACGAUAUUAAUAGAAGCUAUUUAUAUUAAACAAGGAUUUUUUAUUUAAA